AUGAAGAUGGAGUUUAUUAGCUGUAUUCCUAUGGCCAAUGAAGAAGCGCAAAGUAGAGAAAGUGAUGAACGUGGUCUCUGUAAGGUCCGGAUCGAGGAUAAUAUUACAUUGGAAACAUUAAAUGAUAGUAAUCUGAUGGGACUUAGAAUAAAGAGCUUACUGAUUAGCGAAGGUACAGUAAUAUUUUCCAAAAGCAGUUUUGGAAUUAAUGACGUGCGAAUUUUUACUGGAGAGAAUAUCGAUGAAAGGUCUAGAAAACAUGUAUGGUAUGAACUGCUUAGAAUGUUGACUGGUCAUAAAGUUUACGUUGCGGCGUUAGAGGAUAGAAUAGUAUUUUCAAAAUGGACAUGUAGAAUGCAAGACAACGAGGUGUGGAAAGUAGUUAUGGAAUUGGAGUCAUCAGCAAUCGUUAGAAAAAUCGCUGAACUGACCUUGUAUCCAGUUUCGGAGGGUGAGAUUGAUUUGUUUGAAAUGGCAGAUAAAUUGUAUCGAGAUGUUUGUCGUGUCAACGACUCUUACCGGAAAAUGAGGGAAAGCGAUUCUAAUAAUAGAAGCCGAGUCGAGGAGCUGGCUCAAGAAAGGGUUUUUUUGGAUAAUCUUUUGGAAGAACGUGAUAAAAGAACUAGAGCUAUGGUAGUGAUCCUGUUGAAUGAGAAAAAAAAGAAAAUUAAAGAGCUCCAUGAGAUUCUGCGACGAAAUAAUGUCAAAAUAUCAGAUGAUGAUAUUCCAGAUUCUGAUCUUAUUAAUGUGGAAGUGACAAAACCAGUUUCUGAGCUAAACUCUCCAGGUAAGAGAUUAAAACGAAGAAGAAGUCUGGAAUCUCGAAACCUAAAAGAGAAGUUGAAAAAUGCAGAUGGACACCGAGUAGGUACGAAAGAACCCAACAAAUCGGCAAUCAAGAAGGAAGACGAUGAUUUCGAUGAUUUCCAAUUUUUUGGACUUUCGAAAAGAACGCGUACUGCUGACAAUGAUAAACUCAGUGAAAAUGAGGAUGAUAGCAUCGCGUUUGGAAAUGAUACAAGAUCAAUAAGCUCUCUGUCUGAUAAUGGUAACAAUAUUAAUGAGGAGCGUUUGGUCUAUUUAGAACAAAAUGACGUUCGAUCGCCCGUAGACAAAAUAGGCGAAGAUAAGGGUCUGAUUUCUAGGUCUGAAUCUGAGACAGAUACAAAUGCAGAGGAUCAGAAAAAAUCGAACUACAGCGAGCUACUUUCCAAUGACAAAGAAUCUACUUCGGGAAGAGAGUCGGAAACGGAUAUAGAAACAGAUUCUAGCUAA